GGAGCCCUUGAUGCCUCUCGGCAUCCCCUGCCUUUGGAGGAGCUCUUCCUGGUCCCCUUUCCUCCACCCUCCCCGGUUUCUGUCCACGCAGCACCUCUGCAUCACCUAGCCUGCCUGCUUCCUCUGCUGUCUCAUAUGCCUUCACUUCUACAUUGCAUCUCCUUCUCUGGCAGUGGUCAGUUCUUGCCUUUGUCCCCUUUCCCCCACAGCUUGUGCAGGGCUUGGGUGCUCGGUCCUCUUAAACUUAACACACCACAAGCUUUCUCCAGUGAUCUCAGCCUGGUUGCUGCCCCCUCUGAACAGCUGGCUGAGAGAUGCUCUCCGGCCAUGAUGCUCUGGUCUCUGUUGUGUGACCCUCAGUGUGCUAGGAGGCAAAGUUUGGCAGUCUGUUGUUACAGGACCUGUUCUUAUAAUUGCAAGGGGUGCAAAAUCCCUUGGACUUCAUGCUUCAAAGAACAAGGCUGCACAGCAGUUCUGUUCAGUAUUACAUUGCGGUCCUGUGCACAUCCAGACCUGCUGCCAUUUUGGGUGUGCAGCCCUCAGGUAGCGUAUAUCUCUGCAAACGCCGCAUGUGCCAACUGUUUGCUGGCAGGUUUGAGCACUGGCCAACGGGUGGUGACUGUCCAGAAGGGGCCCCUCUACCGUGUGAGGGGGUCCCACGUCACACUGUGGUGCAAGGUGAGCGGCUACCAGGGCCCAGCGGAGCAGAACUUCCAGUGGUCCAUCUACCUGCCCUCGGCCCCUGAGCGGGAGGUGCAGAUCGUCAGCACUGUCGACCCCUCCUUCCCCUAUGCCAUCUACACCCAGCGCGUGCGCAGCCGGGGGAUCUACGUGGAGCGGGUGCAGGGGGACGCCGUCCUGCUGCACAUCACCGAGCUGCAGGACCGGGAUGCCGGGGAGUACGAGUGCCACACACCCAGCACCGACGAGAGGUACUUUGGGAGCUACAGCGCCAAGACGAACCUCUCAGUGAUCGCAGACACCCUCUCAGCUUUCAUGGCGCCCAAGGUCCUCACCUGUGCUGAAGGGGAUGCAGUGGAGCUCACCUGUGAGGUGUCCAAAUCCACCGCCCAGCACACACAUCUCUCUGUUGGCUGGUACCGUCUUCAGGGAGCAGCAGGAGAGCGCCGUGCCGAGGAGGUCCUCAUCCUCUCCAAGGACUUUGUCUUGAGGCCAGGGUCCAUGUACAUGCAGAGGUUUCUGGCAGGGGAUGUGCAGCUGAAUAAGAUUGGAAACACCACGUACAAGCUCUCCAUCAGGGGAGUGGAGCUGUCUGACCAGGGGCAGCUGUACUGUGAAGCAGCCGAGUGGAUUGAGGAUCCCGAUGAGACGUGGAAGGACAUCUCCCGCAAGCAAACAGGGAGGACAUCACUGGCAGUCACGAGCCAGGGUGAAGACCUCUCAGUGGACAUUACUGCUGCUGAAAUCUCCCUUUCUGAAGGUGAUACCUUGCAGCUGAAUUGCACAGUGGGAGUCCAGAAGGGCAGCAGCAGGCAAUUCCAAGUGCUUUGGCUCCUCAACAGCAUGAAAGUGGCCAGGGUUGACCCCCAUGGGAUACUGACUUGGGAGGAAGAAUAUGAAGAGAGAGCCAAUCUGGGGCAGCUCCGAGCAUUCAAACAAAGCAACACGGUUUAUGUCCUCACCGUCUACGAGGUGGGACUGAAGGACAAUGGUACAUACCACUGCUCUGUUUCGGAGAUGAAGACUCCUGGAGACUUUCACAGCAUCCAAACCAAACUGUCGUCAGGCAUCCAAAUCGACGUGAAGCCGAUAGGUCUCGGUCUGCACGCCACGCUGAGAACCCGAAUUGCCACCGUCACAUACGGGCAGAGUUUUGAACUCGUCUGCCAAGUGAGCUCUAGCUACACCCUCAAGGAAGUGCCGGUGUCUGUGGGGUGGCUGUUCCAGCCCAGCCCACCCACAGGCCACUACCAUGAGCUGGUCCGUGUUCUUCCCAACGGCACCAUGGCCUGGGGGGCAGCACAGCCACACUUUCAGGAGAAAGCCCAGCUGACGAAGGCUGCCACCUCCUUCAGGCUGCGCAUCCACAAUGCUGUGGCUGCCAAUGAGGGGAUGUACCAGUGUGAGGUGGAGAUCUGGAGGAAGAAGACCCUGACGAUGGGGCUGUCAGCAGCCACCACCAGGUCCAAUGUCGUGGGGAUAAAGGUGGUGCUGCCAGAAAGCAAGCUUCAGGUAUCUACGAAAGAGAGCUCUGUGGAGAUUGCCAACGGUGCUGACACAGCCAUCGAGUGCAGCAUCAUGUUUGCCCAGAAUAAUUCUCAGUUCGCGGUUACUUGGUACCUCCUACCUCCUCCUCCGGCAGAUGCAACCCCCCUGAAAAUCGUAAGGGCCAACUACAGCAGCAUACUGGAAUACGGGGCUGAGUUCAGCUCUCCUGCACAAAAGUCCCGGUUCCUGAGCCAGAGGGUGUCCAGCAACAUUUUCUGGCUGCGGAUACUCUCUGCAGACCCCAGGGACCAGGGCAGGUACUACUGUGUGGUAGAGGAAUGGCUCUGGCUGGUGGACAGCUGGUACAAACUCGGAGAGGGAGCAUCGGGAAUGACCACGCUGGAGUUCAAACUUCCAGAGCACAAACUGCACCUGGAGAAAAUGAACCACAGCAUCUCAUUGAGGGAAGGCGAAGAGGUGACACUGCACUGCCUGCUGCGGGGUGCCCACCUGCCACCCACCUCUUGGCCACCUGGUUUCAGGGGGAGGAGAGCGGCUGCGCCAGGCCCCUGCUCACCCUGCACCACAGCAGCGCCAUUGAGUACCACCGCCUGCACCUCCACCUCUGGCAACUUCAGCCUGAUGCUGCGCAGCAUGGAGAAAGGCGAUGCUGGGGUGUACCACUGCCAGGUGCAGGAAUGUCAGCUGCAGAGUGAGGGGAAGGACUGGGGUCUGCAAGCCCCGACACACACAGGGUACACUCAGCUCACCACCGUCCCGCCAGAGUCAACUGUUUUUUCUAGGAUCUGCUCAUCCCCAUCACUGCUGAACUUCAUCCUAUACUUACCACUGGUUUUGUUUCUUCUCCUGGCCCUUGCUGGCUUCUGCUGGUACUUAAAAUUCCACAAAAAGGGCAACAUCCCAGGAGACCAAGCAAUGGAACUUUAAGGGGCUGGAGAGGUCAAGAAAACCUAGCUGGUCUAUAAUGGCAGAUGUAACUUGAAGGAGCAGAGCUGGACGGCUGAGGAGGACUGAGUACUUGCAGCAGGGCUUUUUAUUGUUUUGCAGCAGCUCUUGCAAUAAAUCCUUGAAAUUGAGUGUUUACGUUCAAUGGAACAAAGCAGCUUUAAAUACUAACCAAACAGGGUUUUCAUAAACGGAUGUUCCUGUCUCUUAGGUUAGGUACCCACCCAUUCACACUAUGUUCAUUGUAGUAUAUUUGAGGUCUUUGCAGUAUGUGUCUCCCAGUAUGGAUGGAAGUGGUGGUAUUACCCUACAGGUUUAAGGGAAACACCAGCUCUUCUUGCACUGUGACACAGAAGUAUUAAACUGCUGCUUAUUUUAGGUGACUUGACAAAAUCUAUUUCGUGUGCAGGCUAAAAAACAGUGGCAGAGCCUGAAAUGGAAAGUUGGUGUCCCAUUUAAGGCAUUGCAUUUGCCUUUCCCCAUCCCUUGCUGGGGAACCUUUCAGACACUGUCCCCUCAUUCUGAGAGCACCAGUACCCAAAGAGCACCUUCUCCAAAAGAAAAUGGUUCUCCAUCAUAAAACCUGUCACAGGAAGAUGAGGACUGAGUAAGGCUGGCUGGGGUUGAAGAAAGUCCGUAGCAGGAGCACCACAACCAUCCACAAAAAACGAAUCCUAUUGACCCAAUAAGGGACUCACAUGGAGUCUUAGAUUCCAGAAGGAAGAAGCAGACACCAAGCCAUCUUGGAGAUGCCUGCACAAAGAUCUUCCAGUUCCUUCCUUUGCUGGGACUGUUGUAGGAGAAGGCAGCACCCAGCCCUGUGUGUGGGUCAGGAAGCUGCACAGCUGGGACCUGGUAUUAAACACCUCCAGGUUAUACCAUGUAAUGUAUUGGGAUUCAAAUGGGAUCAGCCACCAGCAGCUUACAGCACAGGGGCAGCCUAUAUCUGUAAAGAGUUAUGCGUGUAAUGGGGGUACUUCUGGAGCUGAGCCACUGCAGAGCUGGUGCCAAGCCCCCCAUUGCCUUGAGAGACAUCCUGGCAGACUCCCAACUGUGUCUUAGGGCAGUAUGGAGAGAAUAUGUAAAUCCCCAAGGCUCUCACCUGCAUAUAGAGGUCUUACUGGUCUGUGUGCUGGAUGGAUGAUGAACCCCUGUGCCCUCACUCUUGGAGAGGGGCCUUCCUGAGCAUGUGCCCCUUAUGCUAGCUGCAAAACCACCCGAGUCAUCCUCCUAGCUGCCACUGAGUCAUACACAGGCUAUGCCCCAGAAAUUUGACACAAGAAGCCAGUAGGGUACUAAGGGGUCUGUUUGUCCUGGCAAAGCCGUGUGGAUGUUGUGGGGCAGCUGCUCUCUGCCCUGGGAUCCAGCUCUGACUCACCUUUUCAAGGCUGAAGAGCUCUGCUACCUGAAGGCUGGCUGGCUGAUGCUUUAGGGGAAAGGUACUCAACCCCUAACUGUGCAAAGCGUUCCAUGGUUCCAUUGAGUUGUAAGGUCAGGUGCCAGGGCAACACUCGAAGCACCAUCCUCAGACAAAAGCAGCCAUAUGGAAAUCACAGCAGAGAUUAUAGACCUGCUUCCUUUGAUUAGAGUAGGGGUUGGAGACACCACAGUCCCUCUAGAUGAUCUGUUCAAGACCUUCACAUUCCUUACAACUAGAAAAAGCUGUCUGCCCUGUGUCCCAAGGAACUGGGAUGUGCUUCAGCCCCUUUCUCCUUGAAGAAGUGCUUUUUGUGCAAGUUUGAAGACUUACUGCUCCCGUUUCCCUGUUCAGCCACCUCCUCUGUCUGUACUGGUUGGCUCCAGCUUGUUCAGCCUGCAGGUUAUGUUUUCUGGACCUCAUGCAGCUUUUCCCUUUCCUGCCCUGAACCCCAGUUGUCUCUCCCAUGGCAUGAGUGCUCAGAGCCGCACAUGGGGUGCUCUGCAGAGGUUUCUCUGCCUUGUAGGUUACGUCCCAUUUACACAUCCCAGUAGGAUGUUUGAUUUUCUGUGUGCAUGUGACAGCAUGGCACUGUUUGCACUUGGCUAGCAAUUGGCAGGCUCCUCUCCUGCAGGCUUGCUGUCUAGCAAGUUGUUUCUCCACUGUGCUUUCAGGCUGUUGACUUUUCCUAUCUAACUGAAGCAACGUUUGCAUGGGUCUGUUGAACAGCUUUCCGCACCAGUUUGCGAAGGAUCCUGCUGUCUGUUUGUCUUAGUCCUGUCUUGAUAACGCAUUAACUCAUGGACCAGUUUCAGCCUGUUUUGACAGAGAAGCAGAUGCUCCCAGGACAUUAAACACCUAGAAGUUUCAAGAAAAGUGGUAGCUGGAUGAAGGAGAGGAGUCAGGCGAGUUGUCCCACGAAGGGAAGGCUGCAGUGUGAGUUGCCUGACAGCCAGCCGUAUGCUGGCUGCCUGGUGCCCAGCUCGUAAUUAGGGGAUACAGGAAGGAGGUGUAGGUGUGUCAGGGCAUGGGAGAGGAAAGAAGGAACAAUUUUUAACCAUAAGCUAUUAACAAUUAAUCUGUACGCAUAGUUUAUCUGCCGAUUUUGUGUUGUCCCUCUGUGUUUUCAUUUGGAUUGUUUCCUUAGCUUGCCCAUGAGAGUACCUUGGGAGCAUACUUCACAAACCUUGGUAAAGUCAAGAAUAUAUGACGCUUACUGCUUACACCUUCCCACUAUGCUUGCAGCCAUCUUGCAGGGGAGAUUAGACAGGUCUGAUAUGCUCUGUUCUUGUUUAAAACAAACCCCCAAAAGUUACUUUUUUCUUGCACUCUUUUAGGUGCUUGUAAGUACUUUGUCCCUGUACCUCCCAGAGCAUUGCAUUUAAGAAUAUGCGGGCGUUCAGUUUCCCCUUCUUUUUAAAAACAAUUUUGCCACUUGUUCUUUCACACCUCCUCAGGUGUUACCGCAGCAAACCACUAACAGACAGCUUGACGGCCCAUUCUUCAUGUAUCUUAGGAUGAACCUCAUCAGGACCAGCCUUCUGCUCAAAAAUCUAACUUAUUUAGGUUGCUACUCAUGACCAGGUUGCUGGGGUAGUGGCGUGGGACAGCUCCUACCCUGAUGCAGCAGUCGCAUGUGUGGGUCAAUCUCCAUAAGCUGUGCAAGCCCUGUGAGUGACCUGGCUGGGUUUGGUGCAUCCCCCAAGCCCAUGCUGGCCCCUUGCUCGGAAACCUCAGCACUCCAUUGCAGGUCUGUGGAGGUUUCUUUGCUGCCAUCUGAUCUUCAUGUAAAAAGCUACAGGUUCUACUGCAACAUGAGAUAUUUUGUGUCUGGUGGACUGGGGGAAGAAGGUGGGCAGAGAGAGGGAGGUUUCUCCACCAAUGGGGCACUUUCUUCUUCUGUUCUGUUUUCACUCAGUUAACCAGAGGCCUAUGUAAGUAUCAGCUUUCUUUUCACACAGGUUUAGAGGUUUUAAGUUUGUAAAGUGUGUCUAGGGCCUUGAUGAAAGGGCCUGCAAGAAGAAUGUGUGGUUUUGCACUGGUGGGGUUUUUCCUCUUUAUUUUUUUUCUGGCUUUUCUGGAUCACUGCCAAACCUUUCGGCUAUAUAUUUUUAAGAUGUAUUUUUUCCCAUGAGUGAACUUAGAAAGAGUUGUAACUUAUCACAGCAAAAGCUUCAAAACAGUCCUAUUUUUAAAGAGAACAUUUAACUCAGCUGAGGUAAAUGUAUGAGAGGGAGAGAGACAUGCGUGCAUGGUGGGUCAGGGGAUGGUGUUGAUUUUGAUGCUGGGGCUCUUGGCCACCUUUACCCACCCCCAUCAUGACUUUUUUCCCAAGGCCAGCCUCAGAUUAGAACACCUGAUAAAAAUAUAUAUUUAGCUGUUAUAAUCCCGUGAGGGAAAACAGUGCAGACCCUGCAGCAGAGGAGUGCCCCUGUUGCACCCCGUCCCCCAGAUGCGCCCUUGCCCAGGGAAUGUCCUGCAUGAGGGCAGCAUGUACUGGGAAGGUCCAGGGUCCUUUCCUAGGCUUUAAAGCAGCUUGAAGGGGCUACAGGGCAAAGCAGAGCUGGGUUCAAGAGGAAUUAAUCCACUGGGAAGCAGCUGCAUGGGGCUAUAGAAACACAAGAGCUGUGUUGUGCUCUUGUUUUUCCAUAGGAAGGUAUGGAAACUGUAAGGCAAGGGGGGAGCAGCGCUGCCUCCCAGGCAAGCGAGCACAACCCUGCAGCUUGGCAGACCCUCACUGUUCCAAAGAUGGAUGAUGUGAAGGUGGGACAGGUGGGAAUAUAACCCCUGCAUUGCAUUGCCUUCCUGGAACGCUUUUAUGGCACCUGCCUUUUGGGCAGGAGCAAGGCCAGUGCUCAGUGACUGCCGGGGUGGCUCACCCGUCAUGCAGUGGGACAAAGGGUCACACCAGUGACUCUCUCACCUGAAGAUGGGUGCACUGAGGACCUUUCACUGCAGGGCUCCUCUAUCCUGUGAGGGGGGAGGGUGGGCGUGAUGAGUUAGUUGCUGUGCAGGAGUGGUGGGAAGUGGCUUGCAAUCAAGGAGUUACUUUGCAUCCUCUGGCAGCCAAUGGCUCAGGGUUUCCUGGCCUUCGCUGGGAGCACAGGGCACGGCAGCAACAUGCUGUCCUGUACUGCCAGGGCAAGGUUACUCAGGAAGGAUGCCAAACUUUCAAGAAAUGCUUCCAACCAAAUGACUUGGAGUUGUCCUGGGAUGUCCCAUCUCAAGUAGCACCUCUUCAUUCCUUCCUAUUACCUCUGAGUUGGUUUUGAAAUUUGACAUUCAGUUUUCUUCCUGUGAUAAAAGAUUUAAAAAAUGGAAAUAAAAGAUGCAGUUUUUAUAUGUACUUUGAUCUCACUUGAUACCAUUUUAUAUUCCAUCAGCCUUGCUUGUUUCACGUGUCCUUUGGCCUUGGUCUUUGGCACCUAAGAUGAAGCAGAACCGCUCCUAGGA